AAAAAGGAUCUGGUUCAAAGACUCUUCCAUCCAAUAAUUCUCCAUCUCGUACAGUAGAAUCACCAAGUAUGGCAAGACGAUUACCAGCUGAUCCUUCUGAAGCUAUUGGAAUAGCUGUAGUUAAAUAUAACUAUCAAGCACAACAACCCGAUGAAUUGUCCCUUGUUAAAGGUUCAAGAAUACUCAUUUUGGAGAAAAGUAAUGAUGGUUGGUGGCGAGGUCAGAGCAGUAAUAUUUCAGGAUGGUUUCCAUCAAAUUAUACACAAGAAGAGGGAGAAGUUGAUGACACUCUUCACACAUAUGCUAUGGCUGAGAAUGUACUUGAUAUAGUUGUUGCACUGUAUUCUUUUUCUUCGUCUAAUGAGCAAGAGUUGUCAUUUGAAAAAGGGGAUCGUUUAGAAAUUUUAGACAGACCAGCUAGUGAUCCAGAAUGGUAUAAAGCCAGAAAUUCACAGGGCCAAGUAGGUUUGGUACCAAGAAAUUAUCUCCAGGAGUUGUCUGAUUAUAUGGAUCGUCCAUUUCAAGAAAGAAAUAAACCUGGAGGUAUGGAAUCAUCCAUGGAAAGAUCUCAAGCAUCAAUGGUGGAUAAACCACAUUUAGUGGAUAAGCCUUGGUAUUAUGGCAGCAUUACAAGAUAUGUUUGUGAUAAUCUUUUAAAUCAACAUGGACAUGAUGGAGAUUUUCUUAUACGUGAUAGUGAAACAAAUGUAGAACUAAGACCAGGACUCUCACCCGCAUAGUUCUCCUGUCUGGUGGCUAAGACCGAGAAGCGCACUCGCAUAGUCCACCUGCCAGAGCAAAGACCAGGGGCCCAACCCGCAUUGCUCUGUCCAGAACCAGAAACCAGGACUCUAGCCCAGGGGUCGGCAACCUAUGACCCGCGGG